GACAAGACGAUAGCUGGGUGCUGGCUGGAAAAGCAGGGUCUGCGUGCUUGUGGGGAUGUGUGUCUGGAAGGUGGGAUAUCUGGGGACAUCUAGGCCAUGCAAGUGGCUGGGGGAGGCCGGAUUUGUGGCAGUGUCUGAGGAGGACAAGAAAAUGGUAAAUAAAGUAUUAGAGGUCUCAAUUGGAAGGUAGAGACAUCUGACUUGAGAAAUAUUGGUGGGAUCGCCUGCCUAGCAGCGCGUGAGCAUGUGGGUGAGUGCAGGUAUCUGGGGAACAGCUGAGCCACGGAGAGGAGAAGCAGCAGAGGCUGUCAAGCUGGAGCUCAGCAGAGGCACACCUGUGCUACUGAGGCCUGGGAGCACCAGUGGGCUUGCGACCUCCCUGUGCUGCUGUGGCUGUAGGCAUGUGCCUGCACUACCUGGUCUAACUGGCUUUUAGGUGGUGCCUGUCAUCACAUGGCAAUGAAGUCAGACCAAGAACACCACGGAACCCAACUCCUCAAAGUAUUGGCAUUUAAUGCUGCCAAUAGCAAUGCUAAACAAUGCAGCCUGCAUUUACCUACAGCCACCAGUUUAAGCUGGUCAGCUGCUGGGCUGCAAUGGGUGGCCAAGAGGCCUUUCAGGUCUGUAACCACACUUGCAGCACGUGUCUAAGCCUCUCCAACCCCACAGUACACAAUGAUGGAGACAGUGUUUUGAGUGUGUUCAAACGAAUGUUCCCUCCAGAGAAUUCAUGCCAAUCCAGAAUACUGAGCUGUCUUCACAGAUGCAACUGUAUCGGAUUUCAGUUACCUUAAAUAUAAAUGCUUAUAAAUAUAAAUGCUUAUACACGCACAGUUCCAGCAGUUUAUCACCUUUGUGCUUAAUGAAUAAUGUCAUAGACACACUUCAAAUGUCAAAACAGUGGGGUCGGAUGGCUGAGUGCUGAUGGGCAGCGUGUGAGGGGAGCAGCCCCCUUCCCUUCCCUUCCCUUCCCUUCCCUUCCCUUCCCUUCCCUUCCCUUCCCUUCCCUUCCCUUCCCUUCCCUUCCCUUCCCUUCCCUUCCCCUCACCCCCCCCCCCCCCGUUGCCAGCCGUGCAGCGCCCGUGACAGGCGGGGGCGGGUGGAAGCACCGCGCAUGCGCGAGGGUUCACCGCGGACGGAAGCGGCCUGGACGCGCAUGCGCAGGAUGAUUCGUCCCGGCCUGGCGGAGACCAAGAUGGCGCCCUAGUCCCACCGUGCCAGCGCCAGCGCGGGCGAGCGAGGCGCCCGCCGCCAUCAUGUCCCGGCACAGGAACGUCCGAGGCUACAACUACGACGAAGAUUUUGAAGAUGAUGAUGUGUAUGGCCAAUCAGUAGAAGAUGACUAUUGCAUUUCUCCUUCAACAGCCGCUCAGUUUAUCUACUCAAGACGAGACAAACCAGCAACAUGUGCUGAGCCAUUAGAAGAAGAAUAUGGCUACGAAGGUACAGAAGAUACUGCUGGUUAUUUUGCAUCCAAUCAUCAGUUGGAUGAAGUUGAUAGAGCCCGUGUUAAUUCAUGCCUUGAUCAAAUGAGAGAAGUUUUGGCAGAGUCUGUACCAGAGCAAACAAUGGUGCAAGCAGUACUGGAUAGUAAAUUUGAUGUACAGAAGGCCUUGGAUCUUGUGCUUUCCCAAGGCAGUAAGCAAAAUGUGAAGACCCACAAUGAGGAUGCUAUGAUUGUAGGAAAGACGACAAAAGGAGACUUACUUUGUUGUCCAGAAAUAUUUAUUAAUAAAGACAGUUUCUCUUGUGCAGUAGAAAAUGUUGCUGACAACACCAGCAAACCUGGGCUUGGAAACUUGACAGCCAAAGCUGGUUCAGCUUGUUACUCCUUAGUUGCAAAUGACAAAAUGCUCCUUAAUGUUAAAAAAUCCAGCGUACCUUCAUCUGAAAAGAAAGGAUCAAAAUCCUCAUCACUUGUUCUGUCUUCUUUCAGUGAUGAUUUGUGUAAAGGAUCACUUUGUGAGCCUGUGAAUAAUCAGGCAGAGAAUCAACUACCAGAAAGUGCUAAUGUAAUAAGUUUGAUUCCUGACAGUGAAGAUGUUUGCUUUAGCAUAGGAAGUAACCCAUCUGGAAAUUCUUCCUUUAAGAAGUUCAAAAGCAAGGAGACACAGGACUUAAAAUCCUUGCUGAUGCAGAAUGUGGCUUGUGAUUCUCUGAGUCUUCAAGACAGCAUUCCUCUUGUUUCCUCAAAUGUUUCUGAUGGAAAAUCAAGGGAUUCCCAGUCAGCCAGAAUGGAAUCUGAAAUUGUGCCAAAAGUUACCAAAAUGACAGUGUCUGGAAAGAAACAGUCUAUGGGAUUUGAAGUUCCAUGCAUGAUUGCUGAAGAAAAUGGCCAUGCUAACACACCUCAAAAAGGACUGCUAAAUGAAGAUGCUAGCAUAACUUCUGGGGUAAUUGAGGCAGUCUCAAAAUCUGCUCUUUCACCCCAAGUAGCGCAGGUUUCAGAAGAGCAGAAUGCCGUGCCUACUCCAGUAAAAAAGACGAGCAAGACAAAACCACAAAUAGAUGUGAAAGCAGAGUUGGAGAAGAGACAAGGAGGAAAGCAACUACUAAAUUUGGUGGUAAUAGGACAUGUUGAUGCAGGUAAAAGUACUUUAAUGGGUCAUCUACUCUACCUUUUGGGAAAUGUGAACAAAAGAACUAUGCACAAAUACGAACAGGAAUCUAAGAAGGCUGGCAAAGCUUCGUUUGCGUAUGCAUGGGUCUUGGAUGAAACUGGGGAAGAAAGAGAAAGGGGAGUAACAAUGGAUGUGGGCAUGACCAAAUUUGAGACAAAGACUAAAGUAAUUACAUUGAUGGAUGCUCCAGGCCACAAAGACUUCAUUCCAAAUAUGAUCACAGGAGCUGCCCAGGCUGAUGUAGCUAUUUUGGUUGUGGAUGCCAGCAGAGGAGAGUUUGAAGCUGGGUUUGAGACAGGUGGACAAACUCGAGAACAUGGAUUAUUAGUGCGUUCUCUUGGAGUGACACAGCUAGCUGUUGCAGUCAAUAAAAUGGACCAGGUCAAUUGGCAGCAAGAAAGAUUUCAGGAAAUUACCAGUAAGCUUGGCCAAUUUCUUAAACAAGCUGGCUUUAAGGAAUCUGAUGUGGCUUAUAUUCCAACAAGUGGUCUUGGUGGUGAAAAUCUAGUCACAAGAAGUCAGUCAAGUGACCUGACAAAGUGGUAUACAGGAAAGUGUUUGUUAGAGCAAAUUGAUUCUUUCAAGCCACCACAAAGAUCAGUGGAUAAACCAUUUAGGUUGUGUGUUGCUGACGUUUUUAAAGACCAAGGAUCAGGAUUUUGUGUGACUGGAAAAAUAGAAGCAGGCUAUAUUCAAGUUGGAGAACGACUUCUGGCAAUGCCUCCUAAUGAAACUUGCACUGCAAAAGGAAUCACACUGCAUGAUGAACCAGUUGAUUGGGCUGCAGCAGGAGAUCACGUUAGUCUCACUUUGACCGGCAUGGAUAUCAUCAAAAUCAAUGUUGGCUGUGUAUUUUGUGAUCCCAAGGAGCCCAUUAAAGUUUGCACUCGAUUCAGAGCUCGGAUUCUCAUUUUUAAUAUUGAGGUUCCAAUCACUAAAGGAUUCCCUGUGCUUUUACACUAUCAAACCGUAAGUGAACCUGCUACUAUUAGAAGAUUAUUGAGUGUCCUGCACAAAAGCACUGGUGAAGUGACAAAGAAAAAGCCUAAGUUCCUGACUAAAGGCCAGAAUGCUUUAAUAGAACUACAGACUCAAAGGCCUGUUGCUCUAGAGUUGUAUAAAGAUUUUAAAGAGCUUGGGAGAUUUAUGUUACGCUACAGUGGUUCUACUAUUGCUGCAGGAGUUAUCACAGAGAUUAAAGAAUGACAGUGGUGCCAGAACUUCCAUAAUCCAACCAAAAUGCAAUCAGAUAACCAAACAUCUGUUUAAGAAUCCAGUUACUUCAGCUGAAGGAACAAGUGCAAUUAAUUUGGGGAUAGAAGAUGGUGACGAAAGUUACUUUGUAUUAGACUUCUGGGGAGCCCUUCAUCAGUCUCUCCCACUACAGAACAAGAUGCCAACUGACAAGAAGUUGCUAAUGUUGCACUUAGUGAUCACAAGAGUCCGUGUAUUACUCCAUGUGGAAUUUACCCCUUAAAGAGCUUGAUGGAAAAAUCUUAGAAAGUUGAAUUAGAGAAAAAAAGAGGUGAAUCAUCGCAAAACAAACUGCUUACUUCCAGACAUAAAUUGUUUACAUAUUUUCUUUUGAUUUGCUUUUUUUGCUGCACAUUAAUUCAGUAAAGUAACUUUAUUGGUCUAAUAUAUUUUGAGGUUUGAAUUGAAUGCAUAUUCAGGGAAAAAAGAACUAUCUACUCUGGUUCCAAGAGACUGGCAUGUAGUGUUGUCCCAGGACUGUUUUUCCUGUCCCAAAACUUAUUUAAAAAAAAAAAAGUUUCUUUUGCUGUGUAGUGGAAGCUGUGCCAACAUUGGCUAAUUUUAUUUUUUAAAAUGUAAAAUUAAUAAAAUAACUUAGAGCA